AUGGAGCGGGCGGCUGCUCUGCGCUUCACAGAGCCCGGCUCCCUUCUGCUCUUCGUGAUGCUCGGCGGCUCUGCACUGCUCUCAGCCCAGUUUUCUGUUGUGGGGCCGACAGAUGCAGUCCUGGCCAUGGCGGGAGAAAACACCAUGUUUCACUGCCACCUGUCACCCGAGAAGGAUGCAGAGUACAUGGAGGUGCGCUGGUUCCGAGCUCAGUUCUCCCUGGCGGUGCUCGUGUAUAAGGCUGGACGGGAGAGAACAGAGGAGCAGAUGGAGGAGUAUCAAGGAAGAACCACCUUUGUGAGCGAACAUAUCAACAAGGGGAGCGUGGCACUCAUCAUACACAAUGUCACAACCCAUGACAACGGCAUCUACCACUGUUACUUCCAAGAAGGCAGAUCCUAUGAUGAGGCUGUUAUGCACCUGAUGGUGGCAAGUCUGGGCUCUAAGCCCCUCAUUGAAAUGAAGGGCCACGAGGAUGGAGGCAUCCGGCUGGAGUGCACAUCCAUAGGGUGGUACCCAGAGCCCCAUGCCACGUGGAGGGACCCUUAUGGGGAGAUCAUGCCAGCCCUGGAGGAGGCUCACACUGUGGAUGCGGAUGGCCUCUUCAUGGUCAGCAUGGCUGUGAUCAUCAUGGACUUCUCUGUGAGGAACGCAUCCUGCUCUGUCAACAACACCCUGCUUGGCCAGGAGAGGGAAACUGUGAUUUUCAUCCCAGAGUCCUUUGUUCCCAGCACAUUCCCCUGGAUGGUGAGCCUAGCUGCUGUCUUGCCUUCUCUGCUCCUCUUCUCCGCUGGAAGCAUCUGUCUCGUCAGGAAACUCCACAGGGGAAAAGAGAUUGAAAAUGAAGUGAAAGAAGUUGCAUGUGAGGAACCGGAGAAAGAACAAGUGGAAAAAGAGAAAGAACGUCAAAUCCGAGAGCAACUUCAAGAAGAAUUGCACUGGAGACGAUCCCUGCUACAUGCUGCUGAUGUGGUGCUUGACCCCGACACUGCUCAUCCUGAGCUCUUCCUAACAGAGGACAGAAGAGGAGUGAGACGAGGCCCCUCCAGGCAGAGUGUCCCUGACAACCUGGAGAGAUUUGACUGCCGGCCUUGUGUCCUAGGCCUGGACAGCUUCUCCUCGGGGAGGCAUUACUGGGAGGUGGAGGUGGAAAAUGUGAUGGUGUGGGCCGUGGGGGUUUGUAGAGACAGCGUUGAGCGGAAAGGGGAGGCCCUGUUGGUUCCUCAGAAUGGCUUCUGGACCCUGGAGAUGUUUGGAAACCAGUACCGGGCCCUGUCUUCCCCCGAGAAGAUUCUCCCUGUGAAAGAGCGUCUUCGCCGAGUGGGCAUCUUUCUCGACUAUGAAGCUGGAGAUAUUUCCUUCUACAACAUGAGGGACAGAUCACAUAUCUACACAUGUCCCCGGUCACCCUUUUCUGGGCCCCUGAAGCCUUUCUUCAGGCUGGGGUCUGAUGAUAGCCUGCUCCUCAUCUGCCCAGCCUUCACUGGGGCCCGGGGGGUCACAGUGCCUGAGGGCGGCCUGAUCCUCCACAGGACGGGGCCCCAUCGCAGCCACCAUCAGUUCCCUGGCCUCAGACCCAAGUAG